UCCCACCUACGUCAUUUCCUCUCUUAACUUGCUCCCAUUUUCCAUUGCCAUCUCCAUCUGCACUAAUGGCUUUUCAUCUCACAAUCUCUCUCAUCAUCUUAGCAUUUAGCUCCUCUCUACUACCAUCACUCUCUACCUCAACCUCGCCAUGUGACUUCCCGGCCAUCUUCAACUUUGGAGACUCCAACUCCGACACCGGCGGGCUGUCGGCGGCUUUCGGUCCUGCUCCGCCGCCCAACGGCGAGACCUUCUUCGGGAUGCCGAUGGGGAGAUACUGUGAUGGACGCCUCAUAAUCGACUUUAUUGCCCAAAGCCUGGGACUUCCUUACCUGAAUGCAUACCUUGAUUCGGUGGGGACUAAUUUCUCCCAUGGAGCCAAUUUUGCGACGGCAGGAUCAACGAUCAGACGACAGAAUGAAACAUUAUUUCAGAGUGGUUUUAGUCCCUUCUCCUUAGAUGUGCAAUCCUGGCAGUUCUCUCAGUUCAAAACUAGAUCCCAAUUGGCUUACGAACGAGGGGGAGUUUUCAAGGAUUUAUUACCUACUGAAGAUUUCUUCUCUCGGGCUCUUUAUACAUUUGACAUAGGUCAAAAUGACCUCACUUCGGGCUAUUUUGAUAACAUGACAACCGAGGAAGUUAAAGCAUACAUCCCGGAUGUCCUCAACAAGUUCACUAUAGUUGUAAAGAAUAUAUAUGGGCAAGGUGGGAGGUUCUUUUGGAUCCACAACACUGGUCCCUUUGGCUGCCUGCCAUAUGUUUUGGACCGUCUUCUUCUCACGGCAGCUCAGGUGAACAAGGUUGGCUGUGGAUCUCCUUUCAACGACGUGGCCAAGCUCUUCAACACAAAGCUCAAGGAUACUGUAUACCAGCUAAGGACGGACCUCCCUCUAGCCGUAUUCACCUACGUGGAUAUCUACUCCGUUAAGUACGAGCUCAUAAGCCAUGCCAACAAGCAUGGAUUUGAACAUCCUCUCCUGACUUGUUGUGGGCAUGGUGGUAAGUACAAUUAUAAUGUUCACUUGGGUUGUGGAGGGAAGAUUAUUGUGAACAACACCGAGAUUUUGGUCGGAAAAUCCUGUGAGGAUCCCUCAAAGAGGAUAUGCUGGGAUGGAGUUCAUUACACUGAAGCAGCUAACAAGUGGGUGUUUGAUCAAAUAGUAGAGGGUAAUUUCUCGGACCCUCCAAUCCCCCUAAGAAUGGCAUGCCAGAAGCAGCAAUGAAAGCAUUCACUCUCGUACUCUUUUUCUCUUGUUGGUGCUAAUAAUACGCAGCAUAGCUGAUGUCGGCGUGCAAAUCCUGAAUACAUGCCUUGAGAACUUAAAAUGCUUGUAAUGGGGAAAGAAUUAAUAAAUUUAUGAUUCGAAUUAUGGGAACUGUGUAUAGGAUUGCCUGCAAGUUGUUGGAGAGGACUCAUCAUUUUAUUUAGUAAAAGUUUCAAAAUAAUUUAAA